AUGGUCUAUAAUACCCCAAGUUCAGAGCCAUUAGAUCUAAGAGCCGUGACGAAACCCAGUGUUCUUGCAGAAGAUCAAAAGCGCCAAAGGCAUAGUUCCUCCAGUCACCCCAAGAAUCGCCAUCUUGAAGAUACACAAAGCCACCCAAGCGCGUCAGAAUGGAGCGCUCAAAAACGCGAAGAUGGAAAACGGGAGCUGACAGAAGACGAUUGCUAUGAAAAACUCGGUUAUAGUUUUCCGUCGUGGAAGAAAUGGACAAUCCUAACUGUGAUUUUCACAGUACAAAUGUCUAUGAACUUUAAUACGAGUGUUUAUCCAAACGCAGUGACGCCUUUGUCGGAGCACUUUGGUAUCAGCGAACAGGCAGCUCGGGUUGGGCAAAUGAUCUUCUUAGUCUUCUAUGCUUUCGGAUGUGAACUAUGGGCACCCUGGAGCGAAGAAUUCGGACGAUGGCCAAUUAUGCAGCUCAGUUUGUUUUUGGUCAAUAUUUGGCAGAUUCCCUGUGCCUUAGCUCCAAACUUCGGUACUAUUGUUGUCUGUCGUGCUUUAGGUGGGCUUUCAUCUGCGGGAGGAUCGGUAACUUUAGGGAUGACGGCUGAUAUGUGGGAAGCCAACGAUCAGGGAUUUGCCGUCGCCUACGUGGUCCUCUCUUCCGUUGGGGGAACCACCAUAGGUCCGAUAUUUGGAGGCUUAAUUCAACAAUACCUGUCUUGGCGUUGGAAUUUCUGGAUUCAACUUAUUUUUGGUGGUGUCACCCAGUUAAUGCAUAUGCUGCUCGUCACUGAGACUCGUUCAACCAUUUUAAUCGACCGGGAAGCCAAGCGACGCCGUCGAUCUGGUGAAGACCUCAACGUCUACGGGCCUGGUGAACUGAAAGAAAAUCACCUCGAAGUGAAAGAAAUACUCUACAUCUGGAGGCGCCCCUUUGAAAUGUUCCUCUGUGAGCCGAUCGUUCUCUUCCUUUCCCUGCUGUCUGGCUUCUCAGACGCAUUGAUAUUCACAUGUAUCGAGUCAUUUACUCUGGUGUUUAAACAAUGGAACUUCAAUACUGUGCAGAUUGGCUUAACUUUUAUCGCUAUUGUUGUGGGCUAUCUCCUUGCUUACUUUGUUUUUCUUCCUGACCUUGCUCGCCAACGUCAUAUUCGUAACAAAUAUGGCGAUACAUCACGACUCCCGGAACGUCGUCUUCUCCUGCUUCUCUUCAUUGCGCCUUUGGAAACUAUUGGCCUAUUUGGGUUCGCGUGGACGUCAAUGGGACCAGACUAUACUCCUUGGAUUGCUCCGUUGAUAUUUGUGUUCCUGAUUGCCAUCGCAAAUUAUUCUAUUUAUAUGGCAACUAUUGACUACAUGGUUGCAGCCUAUGGGGAAUACUCUGCUUCUGCAACUGGUGGCAAUGGAUUUGCUCGAGACUUCCUAGCUGGUAUUGCGGCCAUGUAUUCAACCCCGAUGUAUAGCAAUAUUGGGGGUAAAUUCCAUCUGCAGUGGGCUAGCACAAUUCUCGGCUGCCUGGCCUUUUUUGUGGCCAUUCCGAUAUAUGUGUUUUACUGGAAGGGUCCGGAGAUCCGGGAAAGCAGCAAAUUUGCUCAGACGCUAGCCGCAGAUAGACAGCUGCGACAGGAAAGAAGGCUGAGCCAAAGAAGAACCAGCCGACUAGAGAGUGAAGAGUAG